AUGUUGAAAAGGAAGAGGAGAACAUCACCUUUAGAUGAUGCAAGGACUUGUAUACUGUCAGCAAAGGACAAGCCAGGAUGUGUGGAAAAAUUCAUUGAUUGUUACAAAGGAAGAGGAGUCUACGCUUCUGAGCCAAUUGAAGCAGGUGCUUUUAUCCUGGAGUACAGGGGUGAAUUAUUAUCCAUGGAAAAAUGUCACUCAAGACACUACUCUGACAUUGAGAGCACCUUUCUGUUUGAUUUUGAAUGGCAGAAACGUCAUUGGUGUAUUGAUGCUUCCAAAGAAGAUGGAUCCCUGGGAAGAUUGGUCAAUGACAACCACAAGUCACCAAACUGUGUCAUGAAAAAGAUAACCGUGAACAACAGGCCUCAUUUGUGUUUGUUUGCGGUGAAACAAAUUGAAACAGGGGAUGAAAUUGAAUACAACUAUGGAGACUCAAAAUGGCCCUGGCGGGGAAAGGUGGCAGUGGGUCCAGAUAUUGUAGCAGCAGUCCAGACUACCACGCCCUAUCCGGAUCAGACCUCCCAAGACUAUUCAAAGAGGGAUGGAGUUAAACAGGUGGCAGUGAGUCCAGAUCGAGUAGCAGCAGUCCAGACUACCACGCCCUAUCCGGAUCAUUCCACUUUGAAUUCUCUUGUGAGUAUGAAAUGA